AUGAAAUUUGAAGGUUGCGACUGUGCGGAUGAGUCAGCAAAGUCGUUCAGAAGAGGUCUUGCGUGACCCAAGACGAACCAGCUUGUUGUGGAACAACAGCAGACGGUCCAUAUUCAGCUAACAGCGAUGUUGGCUCUCGGCUCUGUCAGUCCCCAGGCGUUUUUGGUGGUCGAGAGAGCGUGGCAUCCCAGGAGACGCAGACACACAUCUCGACCAUUCGUGAGAGGCGUCCAUCUUUUCGCCAAACACUCCGAUUUCGCGCCACCCUGGAAGAUGAUUGUAAUCGAGGCGCGCCUUAAAAGGACUCGUCGUUGCGGUUUCCGCCAUCGGAAUGACGGUCUCUUCGAAAAUUGUCUUCGUCUUGCUCGCCCUCUGGGCCGCCGUCGCCGCCAAGCCUUUCCGUCAUCAUCGGGUACCUUUUUCCAACUUUUCUUUCUAAAUAACAACCUUUCAUAACGAAAGGGAAUUUCAUAAUUUAUUACACCCUAUCUCUAGUCUAGAAAGUACACCUGCAAGCUUCAAAAUGAAGUGAAAAUUCGGUGUAACGGUUUGAUCAAAUAUGACCUCUGUUGAGCUUUAAAAUGUUAUUCUUUCUGAAAAAAAAAAUAAUGGAAAAAAAGUUUCUAUUUAAAAGAUCUCAACUGAAGAAUUAUAUUUUAAUCUCCAAUUCUUUUCAACGAGCCGAACUAUGAUAUUCUUUCUUAUUUACUAAUGUGAUCAAUAACUUUCAUAUCUAUAUAAACUGUGCGAAGUGGAGCUUGAAUAUUAUAUAUUAUAAUACUGAACUUGUACAUACGAAUCAGUUCACCGUAAUCAUGAAAUCAGGAAUAAUUAUAAACCGAUCAAAAUUCAAUAGUUACAACCGAGUCGGCCUUUUCAAAACCGUUUGACGCGCAAAGAAAGGGUCGUUGACUUCUCUUUUCGCUCCUGUGUAACAGUUCACCGGUCGCCAUCCGAUGGUUUUUAUCACGAAAGUGUCGUGAUUUCAGGGUCCUCCGCCAUGUGGUCUGCCACCAUUCAUCGAAGACCUUCCUGAGGACGCUCAGAACAAAAUCAAAGAGAUUUGGAAGAACUGGAAAGAAGGCGACAAAUGCUACGAGGAGCAAGGACUUACACACGAAAUUGUGAGAAUUUCACGUCUACGAACAUUUUCCCUUUGGCUUGCCUUUCUAUAUUAUAUGUUUCAGAUGGAUUCCUUGCCCAAAGACACUCGCAAGACGAUCUUCAAAAACGGCAUGAUGCCUUCGUUCCUGCGCCAGGCGCCAAAGGAGGUCCAGGAUCAGUUCAAAGCAAUCUGGAAAGACCGCACGAUCAGCUUCGAAGAGAAGCCCAAGAAGUUCAAAGAACUGGCUGAGAAAGUCCUCACCGGCGACCUCCUCAAGCAGUUCAAUGAACAUCAUGCCAAAAUUGAGAAACAUGUCGAGGAGUACAAACUAAAGGUAAAUUAGUCAACUUUGCUUCAAUCCUCUUUCUUCCAGGCUUCCAAACUGUCUUCCGAAGCCCGCGAAGCAAACGAGAAGAUUGACGCUUUGAUGAAGCAGAAGCACGAGAUCAUCAACGGUCUGAGCGAAUCUGCACGUGACGAACUUUUCGAUUUGUGGCGAGAACGGUUUUCUGGACAUCACGGACCAUUCGGCCACCACGGACCUUUCGGAGGUCGUUAAACUCGAAAAGCUUUCAUAACUUAUACCUGUACAUUAUUAAUUAAAUAAAUUUCUAUGAACUGGUGUUUUUUUUUUUGUUUCAAAGAGUUUUUAACAGAAGAAAGAUUCAAGCCAACAAACAUAAUUUCAACUUGAAAAAUUCUACAUUCUUGGAAAAAAACUAUCCAAAGCUGUUGCAACAAAUAUUCACUUUAUCAUGUAAAUUUUCCUAUCUUAAAUUUUCUAACUUCUCAAGCGGAAAUUAGUUUUUUUUUUUUUUUGUAUUUUUGAAAUUGACUGAUUUUUGGUUUUUUCUGCGUCUCAAGAACUCUUCACACCGAACCUCGGUGACCGAGGUCGGACUCUAGAAGUUGAGAGACGUCCACAUUAAGGUCACACCACACAUCAGAGAUCUAACAAAAGUUGAAAAACAUGAAAAAAGCAGCGUUGACCCCUAGGAAAAAGUUUGGCAUGUGGAAGAAUGGAGACUCAUCGUCGAUGUAUGGCCGAAUGCAUUGGAGACGUUCUGAUCGAUGGAUCUCGAGAGAGCUGGACGGCUCGAAGACGCAGAGAAGCCGUAAUGAGGAGACAGCUGUCGGGCUCCGAGACGCAGAGAGACCCCUUGGAGCUGAGUUUGAAUGCGUCCGUCCACCCUUGCUUUUUCUGGCUUUUCUCCGAAAUCACCAUUCAUAGCUCUGCUAAACUGAGAAUUUGAGUAAGUUAUUUUGAAUAAAAAUCGCCGCUAACUAACUUCUAUAUUCUUUUUCGAAAUAGUUACUUCUCAUGCCCUUAUAUAUUUUUCGAACUCGUUCAUUCAUUAAUUUUUCGAAUUUCAGGAUUUCGUAUUGAUAUCCAUUAAAAAAAUAAGAAAUUGGAAUUUAGAUCAAAAAAAGUCGGAAAUUUUUUUAAAAAUCCUAUUCAGUCUUUUUCAAAUAUGAAUUCAGAUGACGUUUUUCAUCGGUGAAGUACUCAGAACUGGCGCAGAACGAGCCUGAAGAGGAGGAGGACGCCAUGUUCGCCGACCCACAGCCGUCGGGGAUGGAGUACGGUAGUCCGGCAGGUACUUUCGACUCCGUCUUCACCUACGCCAAUUACAACGACCUCGACCGAAUGGGCUACGAAGCUCCUCGAAGGUAGUUCAAAAACUGAAAUGAAACUCAAUGAUUAUAAUAAAAAAAAAACCAGAUUAAGGGCUUCGGUUUUGACGCAUUCGGUUCUCGGCUUUUCAAAUUAUCAAAACUAGAAGCUCAAUUAGUUUAUGACGAUUUUUUAAGUCAACUUAGCGUUUUAGUUCAGUAUCUUUUUAAAUAAAAACGUAAGUAAGUUCAAAGUGUCCCUCUUCGCAACAAAAACCGCCAUUUUCGUCGAGGAUCUGCGACGAAACCCUGAAAAAAUAACUUUUUGUCCUACUUUCUUCCGUUUGUUAUCCUAGAAAAAAUUCUAUUUUAUUUCAUACAUGCUUAAAUAAGGCCAAAGUCGAAGGUUUAACAAAGUCCUACCGUGCCUCCGUGACCAUGAUCAGGUAUACUGCUAUUUCUGAAUUUCCCACCAGCGUUUUCAAGAUGUUAAAGCAUUUUUUUUUCAAAUUCAGGUAUGGAAAUACGUUAGGAAAUCGAUAUAGUCACUACACGUAUACGAAUCUAUUCAACGACGAAGAGACAGAGGUCAAAAACUAAGUAACCAAAAAAAUGAUAUACUUUUUCAGGUGAAAGCCAUGAGCAGUGUGGAAUUGGUCCUUUACCUGUUCUCGGUCGUUUUUGUCGUCCUUACGAUGCCUCUUUCGUUAUUAUUUGCUGUCAAGGUGAGCUUCCUGAUAUUUAGUAAGCCUCUCUGGAUCAUUGCGAAAAUUACUUUAUCUCUUCAAUAUUUUUUCAGACUUUUUGGACUUAUUUCUGUCUUUCAAAAUUUUACUUCUGUUGGAAAAAACUCAUAAAAGAAUUUCUGAGGAAACAUAAACUGCUUGGAAAAAAUUAGAUCAUACUUUUUCUGUAAGAAAUGAAUUAGAGCAGAUUGCAGUUUAUUUCUUCUUCGGAACGGCUGGUGGUGAUGAGACUUGGCCGAGCUCAGAAGACCAGAGGACCAGGCGUCGCGAUAAUUGUCCCUUGCAUCGACACUUUCCAUCGCGUCACCACAAACGUCACCGCCUUCAACGUCCCUCCGCUCCAGGUAUUACACGGGAAUCCGAAAGAUUGAAAUCCGGCUCAGGUGAUCACAACCGAUCGCGGACUCAUUGAACUCGGGGCGACUGUUUUCCUCAAAAUACGCGACCCCAUCGCAGCAGUUUGCGGAGUUCAGGUUUUUUCCUAAUAUUUGGCUCCGUCCUUCCUCUGUACAGAUAUAAUUUAUAGGACCGAAAUCACUCCAUCAGAAUGCUGGCCAACACGAUGCUGUACAGGUACGUGAGCCGGAAACGCGUCUGCGAAAUUUCCAAUGGACAGGACCGUCGUAUCUUGGCAGCCACUUUCAAGGUUGGUGAAGAGCUUUCCAGACUUUCAUCUAUUUUUUUUUUGAAGGAUGAACUCGGCAGCUUCACUGGACGCUUUGGCAUCGAGAUCACUGGCGUAGAAAUCUCAGAGGUCAAAGUAAUAAAAGAAGGUGAAAACAUGGGUCUGGCCGCCUUGUCCUCUGUCGUGAAGUCUGACGCAGGAAAGAAGUUGUGGGAGGUGACUGCGUUCUCCUCAACUUAUUCAGAUUUUGUUUUCAGGUAAUUGGUCCGACCGUAGAAGAGUUCUCGAAGCAAUGCGUAGAGACGAGAGAGGAGACCAGCGAAAACCUGACUGUUUUGGACGAGAUGCCUCAGAAACCCGACCAGGAGUGUGUAGACGUCGAUCACUUGAUCGACGUCGCCAAUCUUGUCAUUGACGACCACCUCUCAAGGCUCAUCGGCAAAGUAUAUCAGAUCCAUCUAUCAGAUCUUGAACCGAUCUUCGUCGACCUAAGAAGCACGCCCGGCACUGCCGGAAAAGGAAUCAGUCCCAGAAAACCGGACGUCAUUUUUGAGACGAGCCAGUCGGUAUUCUCCAAACUAAUUAGAAAAUCUAUAUCUCCCAUGAAUGCGUACAUGGAUGGCUCUCUUAAAAUAACAGGAUCGAUUCAAGACGCUCUUUCUUUGAAGUAUCUUGUCGAGAGGAUGUCUGAAUGGAUCUAAUAUGUUGACCUCGCCCUCCAUUGUAGUUUCUAAACUUUCGAAUUGUGUUAGAUUGGCAUAUUCUAGCAUUGUAAUAUUUUCCUCCGAUUUCAUUUUAUUUUUCACGGUGAUUUUUUUCGAUAAACCAGUUGCUGUUCAACUCUCGAUCCCUUAAAAGUCACUUUAAAUUUUAAAUGACUUUAUACUUUAUUAUUAAAUAAGGGCAUAUGAACUAGAGCUUUUAACUGUGUCAUUUUUAAAGGCCAAUUUUUAUGAACCUUUUUUUCUCUUUUUUUUCAUCUUUGUGUUUUUUUUGAAACAUAAUACUGUACAAAGUUUUCUUUUUCGUUGAACUAUUAGCUUAUUUAUGCGGGAUGUUAUCUUUCAAAAAAAUGUCAAGAGAUUAAAUUUACAAUUAAUAAACUAAUAGUUUUUUUCAAAUUGUAUUAUUAUGGUGAAAAAAAUAGAAUAAAAAUUAACUACAUACAUAUUUCAACUAAAAAUAUAUAUAUAUAUAAUUGAAAAAAAUAACGGAAAAAUUUCCCUGCUGGCGGACAGCUGUCGCCGCCCUUUUUUAAAGGCACAUAGCCCUUCAAAAACAUCUGGUCCCACGAGGAGGCCAAACCAAUCGAAAUUACACGUGUGUGGCGAGAGGGAGGUGUUCUACGUUUCGAACGAAUUCUGGAUUUUCGUUCACAUUCUUCGUAUGUUUUAAUUCAUUUCUUCGAGUUGGGUUCAAUGUAGGAACUAAAAAUGUUUUUUUAAGCGAGAGCUACGUUCAUUGAGUGCAUAAAAUUACAAAAAUAAAAUAAAUUAUUUUCUCGCUUCAAAGCUUAGUUUUUAGACAGCUUUAUUUUCUUUGAGAACCUUUGGGUUAGCACUUUCAUAUUCAGAAUUGAGUUUAAUUUUUAUUUUUUUAAUUUUCUAUUCCAUUGUAUUUCGCAAUUGACGUGAAAUUUUUUUUGAAUUGUGAAAUUACGUAUAUUUUCUUCUUUCCAGGUGUUAAAUCGCAAAAAGUUCAUAUGGGUUUGACUAUUUCUUCCCUUUUCAAUCGCCUCUUCGGCAAGAAACAGGUUCGUGCUUUUUUUUCGUUUUUCAUAGUUUGGGCGUUUUAAAAGAAAUUUUUUCAGUUUUGAAAAGCGAUAGUUCUAUCAAUUUCAUGAUGCGAUUCGAUCCUCUUUUAACAAACAUUUUCACCUUUUCUCUGUUUAUUAUUUUUUCGCUGUGGUUUAUUCGAUUUACAUAUCUUCAAAAUGAAAUUUAAAAAAAUUCUCUAUUUUUCCGAAUUUUUUUUUAUAUUUUUAGGUUCGCAUUCUGAUGGUUGGAUUGGACGCUGCCGGUAAAACGACGAUUUUGUACAAGCUCAAGCUCGGAGAGAUCGUUACAACUAUUCCCACGAUUGGUUAGUGUCAUCUUUGUUUUGGUAUUUUUUAUUUCUGAAAGCAUAUUGUUCCUCCUAAAGUUUACUAUAAUUUAAGAGAAAAGUUAAAGUUUUAAAUAAUUUCGGUUAAUCGAAUAUGGACUGUAUUAUAUAACGAACUGAAAUUAAAAAUUCUACUAGAAUAAUUCUCGAAACAAGAAAUAAGUGGUUUUUUUUCUCAAUUUUGAGAAUUUUUCAGGAUUCAACGUUGAAACUGUUGAAUACAAGAACAUUUCGUUCACCGUUUGGGAUGUCGGAGGUCAGGAUAAGAUCCGCCCGCUGUGGAGACAUUAUUUCCAAAACACCCAAGGACUUAUUUUUGUGGUGAUACUUUUUUGUCAUCGGUUUUUGAAAACAUAUUAAAGGUUGAUUCUAACGACCGAGAACGUAUCGAGGAAUCAAAGGAUGAGCUGCACAAAAUGCUCAACGAGGACGAACUUCGCGACGCCACUCUUUUAGUUUUUGCUAACAAACAGGUGUUCAACAAAUUUUUUCAUAAAGUCAAUUCCCAUUUAGGAUUUGCCAAACGCCAUGACGGCAGCCGAGCUCACCGACAAACUUGGUCUUCAUAACCUCCGCUCAAGACAGGUAUUUCUCUAUUUCAAAGUCAACUCAGCGGAUCGUCAAUUUCGACGAAAUUUUGAUUUUGAAGAUCUCAUAUUCCCUUCUACUUUAUACUCACUGUUAUUCCCCGACAUCUUAUAGCUUUUUUUAAAAAAAUUCUGUUUUUUUCUUCACCACGCUUUUUUUGAAAAAUCAGGACUAGAGAAAUUUCUUCAGAAAGUAUAACUCUUCAUUUAAAAAAACUUCAAGACUUGUUAGAACCGCAGGAAGAGUUCUCGUUUAUUUAUUAAAUAUUAAUAUAUUUAGAAGUGGGCUCAAUGCCGUGUUCAAAUGAAUUUCGACGAUUUCGAGAUUGACGCGUUAUUCGUUUAAAAAGUUAAGCAAAAUAUGCAAAAUCGAAUUUCUGCGAGACUUCAAAAAAUUAGAUCCUAGAACGGUACAUCGCGAUAUGCAACUUUCACGGUGACUUACAAGCGUGAACAUGAAAUUUUUGUUGAAAAUUUUGGAAUUUGAAGUUUCGCGCCCAAAAGUCGCUAUCUAGCUGUAGGGCCCCAAUUCGUUCAACGGCUUGAAUAACAGUUUCGCAUAUUCUGCGAGAUCAAGUUGAAAGAAUAACGCGGCAGUUUUUAGUUCGUCUAAAUUACAUUGAACACGACAUGGAUCUUCAUUUAUUUUUAACUAAAAAAAAGCUGUUAUAAAAGGCUGUACGCUCGAAAAAUUAGGUUCAGAAAGUUUCGUAUUACUUUUGGUGGUUUUAACUAUUAGUAGUGUUUUUUUUCGGAGCCAUAAGUUUGAAUGCCAUGUAAUCGAUUUUUUUCAAUUUCUAAUUUAUUUCUUUGUCGUUUUGGAUCUUUAUUUCUAUUUUUUGUUGAAGCAAGAGCUAUUUAAAGCAACUCUCAAUCUCAAAUGUGCAAAAAAACUUAUUUUCCCAGCUACUGACAGAUAAGAAAAAAAGCGGCUCUACACAUAUUGAAUGUUUAAAAAGAAAGAAAAAGAGGUAAUUUUUGAAAAAAAUUCGGAAAUUACUCAGUGCAUUCUAUAGAAAAAGUUUUUUUUCAUAGUUAGGCCUAUAUUUCCAGUCUUCACUCUUUUUUAUUCCAUAAAUCCUUUUGAUGCAUUGUUUUGAGUCGUUUACAAAUAACUUGUGUGCUUUACUCGAAUUUGGUUCUCAUAAUUUGGGGACGACGUGAAAUCUUUAUCUUCGAAAAUGUAUUGAAAAAAAUUCUAUACUAAAGUAUACUUAUAGAAGAUUUCCAAUACUUUUUUUUUUCGAAGGAUUCCUUCCGACGCAAAAUUCAAAAGAAAAAAAAACUGAAACUCUUUUUGGCUGAUUUUUCCCAUUUUUCAGUGGUACAUCCAAGCUACUUGUGCAACGCAGGGCCAUGGUCUCUACGAAGGUCUCGACUGGCUCUCGAACCAGCUUUCAAAGACCUAA